AUGUCCGAGUCUUUACCAAAUGUUGAAGAUUUGCACAAAUUGAAGUUAAGCGACCUGAAAAAAAUAUGUAAAGAAAACAAACUUCCAUCUACAGGAACAAAAGUCGAACUCAUCUCACGUAUUACGGAAAUGCACGGAAAUAAAUUUGUACUGUUACAACCUGGCGAUGAAGCAGAACUGCUUGGAGAUGAUGAAGAUGGUGAUUCUAACCAUGUGAAUAUAUCACUCUCUACGACAACAGCAAUGGAUUGUAGCAAUAGUAAUGAAUCUCCAAAUGGCCUUAACUUCCCAGCUGUAACUGCAAAUAAAACUGUCGGACGUAAACGUCCAGCCAGUGAACUGACACCUGAAAAAGAUUCAAUGACUGGUGGUGAAAAAGUUCUGAAAAUUGCACAUACAACUGAUGAUUCACAUGAUAAUGCUAAAGAGGAAAUAAAAAAUCUAUCGGAUUCUGAGCGUUUAAUAUCUCGUACUAAACGUUUUAUGUCCGAUGAUGAAAAAACAAUUGCUCGUGCUAAACGAUUCGGUUUACCAAUUAGUAAUACUGUAAAUACUGCAUGUUCAAAUGAUGCUUUAAAAUUGGAUGAAUUAGAAAAAUUAAAAAAACGUGCUGAACGAUUUGGUGUUACUACUAGUAAAACAUUAGAAAAGUUAACCGAUUUGGAGCGUAAAGCUAAACGUUUGGAGAAAUUCGGUAAACCUCUGUCAUCAGUGAAUACACAGAUUAAUGAUGAAUUAGCAAAGUCUAUUCGUGCACAAAAAUUUGGCCUGGUUUUAUCCAGUAACAACAGUAUGUCGGAUGCUGAAAAAUUAUCUAAACGUCAAGCACGAUUUGGUUUAGUUGAUAAUAAAAUUUAA